AUGGUGCGGGGGUCCUCGGCCCCAGAGCUGCGGGGAGGCGGGGGGCGUCCCCGGUCCCCGCGCGGCCUCCCCGACACAUGUUCCAACUCAGUAGACCCCCAAAAGGGGCUCCCCUGGAGGGCGGCCCUGGCCGCGCGGGCACUGCGGGGUCCCCGCGGGGCCCGGGACGCUGACCGCCGCACGGCGCCUCUGGGGCCGAAGCCAGCGGGGUUCAUCGAGGCCCCCGGGGCGGCACCCAGCGGACCCGCAGUGCGGGGACGGCACCUCCCGCCCCGGCCUCCAGGAGCCGUGGAGUUGUCUCGGCGCCACCCUGCGGCCUCCUGGCUUUGCGCUAUGCUGCACUGCUUCGGGAGUUACAUCCUGGCCGACCUGCUCCUGGGAGAGCCGGUGAUCGACUACUUCAGCAACAACUCCAGCGUGCUGCUGGCCUCUGCCGUCUGGUACUUGAUUUUCUUCUGCCCGCUGGACCUGUUCUACAAGUGUGUGUGCUUCCUGCCCGUGAAGCUCAUCUUCGUGGCCAUGAAGGAGGUGGUGAGAGUCCGCAAGAUCGCCGUGGGUAUCCACCACGCCCACCACCACUACCACCACGGCUGGUUCAUCAUGAUCGCCACAGGCUGGGUCAAAGGCUCUGGGGUCGCCCUCCUGUCCAGCGUGGAGCAGCUGCUCCGGGGCGUGUGGAAGCCGGAGACGAAUGAGAUUCUGCACAUGUCCUUCCCCACCAAGGCCAGCCUGUACGGUGCCGUCCUGUUCACCCUGCAGCAGACGCGCUGGCUGCCCGUGUCCAAGGCCAGCCUCAUCUUCCUCUUCACCAUGUUCAUGGUGUCCUGCAAAGUGUUCCUCACAGCCACUCACUCGCACAGCUGUCCAUUCGACGUCCUGGAGGCCUACGUCUGCCCCGUGCUGUUUGGGGGUUCCUGGGGCAGUGGCGACCAUCACCAUGACAACCACGGGGCUGCCCACAGUGGCGGUGGCGGUGUCCACGGGGUGGGGCCUGGCCCCCAGCAUUCCCCUCUGCCCAGGUCCAAGGAGGAGCUGAGCGAGGGCUCCAGGAAGAAGAAAACCAAGAAGGCGGAUUAGGGGGUGUGGGGAGGGGAGCAGCCCCACACCCAGGA